UCUGUCUGAGAAACCUGCUAUCGACGAUUUAAUAGUGAGAUCUGCCUCGGCGUUUGUUUAGUGUUUAGAAGAAGUUUAAGGCAGUCUAACUAAGUUUUUCCACCCUAAACUAUAAGUGCAAGGCAAUACAGGACCUCCGUAUUCGGCUCUUUUGGGUGAGAUAGAUUAUGUUCCAGUAAACCAUAUAUGAGAUGAUUAUGUAAUGGUGUGUGGAUAUCUUUGAGGACAUGGCGAGCGAUGCAAGCACCCUUUCCUGGAAGGUACCCACGCAGGACUGGGAUGGGGGCAUCAAAAGCCCUGACCUGGGUCCUGUUGGAGAUGGCGGUCCCGUGAAGAUCAUCAAAGUGUGCUUCAGCAGCAGCAACAACCUCAGCAAAAACUUCAAACUGGUCAAAUGUGACAGCUCAUGGCAGAUGAAGACAAUAAUUCAGUCUAUUCUGAUCAGUGGGCGUUUGGGCCCAAAUGUGCAAAACCCCGGAUGCUUUGGGCUGAGGCUUAAACACCUCAAAUCUGAGGAGCUCCACUGGCUUCAUCCAGACCUGACUGUAGGAGAGGUUGAGCAGCGCUACGAAAGCCAUCACGCCGAGGCGGAGUGGAGAUAUGAUCUUAGGAUUCGCUACAUUCCCACUGAUUUCAUGAAGAGGUUAAAAGAGGACAGGACAUUCCUUUUGUAUUUCUAUCAACAGGUGCGUUGUGACUACAUGCAGCAUCAUGCUAGCAAAGUUAGCGACGGCAUGGCACUCCAGCUGGGCUGUUUGGAGAUCAGGAGGUUUUACAAAGACAUGAAUGCCAAAGGUCUAGAGAAAAAGUCCAAUUUUGACUUGUUAGAAAAAGAUGUUGGUCUGGACCUGUUCUUUCCUAAGGGACUUAUUGACAGUAUGAAGCCCAAGCCGCUGAGGAAACUCAUCCAGCAAACGUUUCAGCAGUAUGCAUUACUAAAGGAGGACGAGUGUAUGAUCAAGUUCUUCGAGACCUAUGGGGAAUUCUCCAACUUUGACGAGGAAAUAUUUCCUUGCGAGCUAGUGCAAGGUUGGAGUUUAGCAGUGGAUUUAGUCAUUGGUCCCAAAGGCAUUCGGCAGCGUACCAAAGCAGACUCCACCGCUGUUUGCCUUGCUGAAUUUAAACAGAUCCGAUGUAUCAAGUAUAACACACAGAGUGAUGGCAGAACGUUGUUGCUUAUCGAAAUUGAGGGUGCCAAACAGCCUCUUUCCAUCAGUGUGGCGUCUCUGGCCAUUGCGGAGAACAUGGCUGAUCUGAUCGAUGGCUACUGUCGGUUGCUUAACCACACAGACUCAUCUUUGAUAGCUGGUCCAAAUAAAAGUAAAUCUCCUAAAGGUGUGCAGUUGCGCAACUCUCUCCCUGAAAUUCCCUCCAGUAAGAAGACAGAAAGCUUCAGAUACAGCAACUCUGAUAUAUACUGUGAAAUCCCGGAUGAAAAGCCGCCACCACCUGCUAAGGUUGGACUCAACAGGAAAGAUAUUAUCCUGAAAUGUAUGCUGGGCGAAGGUUUCUUUGGGGAGGUUCAUGAAGGAGUUUACCAUAAAAAGAAUGGGGAGAAGAUCAGUGUUGCGGUGAAGACCUGUAAAGAAUGUGCACCUGACGUCAGAGAGAAGUUUGUGGGUGAAGCUGUAAUCAUGAAGAACCUGGACCAUCCGCACAUAGUGCGACUGAUUGGAGUGAUUGAGGAAGACCCGGUAUGGAUCGUCAUGGAGCUGUGUCAGCACGGGGAGCUGGGGAAGUACUUGACAAAAUGUCAGCAGAGUUUGACCAGUAUAACUCUGGUACUCUUCAGCCUACAGAUCUGCAAAGCGCUUGUUUACCUACAGGGAAUGAACAUGGUCCACAGAGACAUAGCUGUACGAAAUAUACUUGUUGCCACACCUGACUCGGUGAAGCUGGGUGACUUUGGCCUUUCCAGAUACAUAGAGGAUGAAGAAUAUUACAAAGCAUCUGUUACUCGUUUACCGAUCAAAUGGAUGGCUCCUGAAUCUAUUAACUUCAGACGCUUCACCGCAGCCAGUGACGUGUGGAUGUACGCUGUGUGUGUGUGGGAGAUUAUGAGCCGGGGUAAACAGCCGUUCCACUGGCUGGACAACCGAGAUGUGAUUAACCAGCUGGAGCAGGGCAACCGGUUGCCCAAACCUGAGCAGUGCCCUCCUGCCCUGUACUCUCUCAUGACCCGCUGCUGGAGCUACGACCCCCGCGAGAGACCCACCUUCACCGAACUGGCCUGCAACAUCAGUGAUGUCCACCAAAUGGAGAAGGAGUUAGAGGUGGAGAGAGAGAGAGACAAAUCCCGUAACACCCGGGUCCUGGAUCCCAAGCUUAACAUUAGUGAACCUCCACCAAAACCUUCCAGAGUCAAUACCAGCCGUUUCGGAAAUACCCUUGGUGUCGGCCUACAUCUUCAGCUUAAUGAGGCUUUAUGUGCCAGUUCACCAGACCUGGCCAGCCCAUGUGAUUACCAGUCACCUGUGGACUCAACUAGCAUCCUCGCCAUAACCACAUCCCCACCUCGUCGCCGCAGUCUUGGGGAGGCUGAGUUCAGUUUCGGGCCGACCAGUAAGGAAGAUGCUCAGCGGCUGUGGCAGGUAGAGAAGGAGCGCAUGCAGGAUACUUUGAAGAUGCAGAAAGAACAGAUGGAGGAGGACACAAAAUGGUUAAAAAAGGAGGAGAAGCUUCUGGACCCAAUGGUUCAGGAAAACACAAGCAUUCCUGAGACACCUGAACCACCACUUAGUUACGCCGAACUCCGUCAACCUCCUUCAAAACCACCUAGAAUUGCAGUGCAGCCUGCGCCUACAGCUGAGCUGGACCGCUCAGAGGACAGUGUGUACCAGUGUGUCAUGGACGUAGUGAAAGUGGUAGUGCAGCUAAAAAACGACAUCAACACACUGACAUCUACUGAUUACAUAUCCCCAGUCAAGACUGUGGGACUCUCGUUAAGAAAUCUGAUCAACAGUGUGGGUGAUAUACUACCAACCCUGCAUGAUUCCUGUAGAACAGAGAUCGAAGGCACUCAGAAGUUGUUGAAUAAGGACCUGGCUGAGCUCAUCAGUAAAAUGCGUCUGGCCCAGCAGAACGCCAUCACCUCUCUGAAGGAAGAGUGUAAGAAACAGAUGCUGGCAGCAGCCCACACUUUGGCCAUGGAUGCCAAGAACCUGCUAGAUGCUGUAGACCAGGCCCGAGUGCGCUCAAACUUGGCCAAACCCAAACCUGAUGACCCAAACUCACCGACGGACUAGAAGAGCAUCUUGGGACAUGCCGACUCACAGCUUCAGUAUAGGACACUCUGAUACAUCCAUAUAAGUUUGAAAUGCAGUAACAGGACAAAACCAACACCAGUGACAGACAUGAAACAGCCAAUAGAAAUUGAGGCAGCUCUUGCACUGCAGUUAUAUCAUGUAAAGUGCUUCGUGCAAACAUUUAAGAUUUAGAACACCGAUCAAGCCGGAGGGGGUAUUCCAGAAAGCAGGGGUUAUCUUACAGUCACCUAUAUCCAGAACUGGUUGAUUUAAAUUGUGCUUGCAGUUUGCUUUUAGCCGUUUUUCUUCAAUGUUGGAGUAAUGUGUUGUAUUUUUAUAAUAAAAAUACAUUACAAAAAUGUCCUGUAGAAAAAAACACUCACAUUUUGAACACAUUCAAAAUGUGUGUCAUGGGAAUAAAUUUGAUUUAACUAAAUGUUGAUUUGUUAUAAUAGUGCUUUAAAACAUUUGUCACUGAAGCCUCAUCAAAAGCGAACUUGCAUGUAAGUGCUGAAUACCUCUGAAAUUAUAACCUUUCCUUAUAUAAUGAGCUCCACACCAGAUAAUGUUCAGAGAAUUUGUUAUAGCUACCUGAAAGUUUUUGGUUUUGGAGAUGAAAGUUGAGGUUAUUCAUGUACUUAUCCAUGAACUAUACUUAAGCUACCCCCAAGCAUUUUUGGUUACUUUGAUUCUAAAUCUUCUUUUAAGAAAAGUCUUGUACAAAUGUUAAUAACGUAGCUUGCUGAAUCCUCCACAGUACACGACCCAACAUUCAUCUGGACAUCUUGUCUUAUUAAAUAUGUGUUUAUAUUGUAGACCAAAACAAUGCAAGAGAGAUUCACGUCAUGCACAAAUAUUCUUUUUUAUUCUUUGAAAACAACAUUAAAAGGUGCCGUUACUUGUAAACGUGACUUUUACGAGACAGAACAGAACAAGAGACACGUAAGAUAACGGAUGUAAGUCUUUAUAUCCGUGUCUUUAUUAAAGGGAACAUUUCCUCCAAAA